GAAAAAUGUAACAAUUGUUACAAACACUGAUGCUAAAUGCUAAACACUAUUCACAACAAAUAUUGGCUGUAACUAUAACAACACUUCUUGAUGUAAUAGGAUCAUGCUUGGUGACAAUCAGCCAAAUGCCCAUGCAUAAUAUAUAACAGCAGAACAAUGUCAGGAAAACAAAAACUCUGUUCUAAUUACCUUUCAAUAACUUUGAAAAAACUAUGUGUGGUAUCAAUGAUAGGAAUAUUAUUGUAUAUGUGUUAUAUAUUUGAAAAUACAAGUUCUGAUGAAAUACAGAAAAAACUACCUGGCGUAAUCAUAAUCGGAGUACAAAAAUGUGGUACAGGAGCAUUAAAAGAAUUUAUGAUGAUUCAUCCAAACUUGAAAGGAUUAGAGUAUGAAUGCCAUUUCUUUGAUCAAGUAAGAAACAGAACAAGAGGUGGCCCACCAAUUGACCAUGCAAAACCAUUUGAAGAGGAAAUGAAACGUUAUUUGGAGAGGUUCCCAGUGUCUUUUGAAAAUGAAACUGUGUUUGAGAAAACCCCAGCAUAUUUUGAUCGUGCUGACCCCUAUGACAUUUACAGAAUGAAUCCUGCAUUGAAGCUGAUUUUACUGGUUUGUGACCCUGUAAGGAGAGUAAUAUCUGAAUAUCUGAUGGAUAAAUUCCAAUUUGGCAAACAUCGAAAUAAAACAUUUGAAGAUUAUAUAUUUGAUGUGACUGGAAAUAUUCGUGAAAAUCUUCAAGAAAUUCAAAGGAGUAAAUACAAUGCACCCUUGCAAAGGUAUCUGAAAGUAUUUCCGCGGAAACAGAUAUUGAUACUGGAUAGUGUAUACUUGAUGAGGCAGCCUACAAAAGCAAUGCAGGAUGUAGAAACGUAUUUAGGUAUCAACAAAUUCUACACAGAUAACACAUUUUAUUUUAAUGAAGAUAUUGGUUACUAUUGUAUAAAUCCAUUAAUUCAACCAUUAUAUGCUGGUUGCAUGAACAAAGGGAAAUAUAGAACACAUCCUAAUAUUAGCACCAAAAAUCUCAUGAAAUUAAAACAAUAUUUUCAUCCGUUUAAUGAACGAUUCAUGAAAAUUGCUGGAGUUAAAAUUUCCUCACUGAUGUAUUUUUGAAGUACAGUAAAACAUGUCUUAGUGAAAACCUCUAUCUAGUGAACAUCUGUCCCUAGUAGAAGCCUUUCUCCACACAUAGUCAACUGACUGCUGUAUACAUAACACUCUCUGUAGUGAGCACCUAGCUACAGUGAACACAUUUUGGUGGCCCAAUAGGUGUUCACUGUACAUAGGUUUUACUGUACACUGUAUUUAGAAAUAUUGAUGCUUACCAUGAGGGAAUAUGUCAUUCUUAAAAUUUUGAGGAAAUAUUCC